UCAGAGCUAAAGGUAGAGUAAUGGCCCUCUCUCUUAUGCACAUGCAUAUGUGUGUGAUUUUGUACAUGUACAAAACAUUUACAAAUAGAAAUCCUCAUACUCACGCUGAUGUCAACUUCACAUGAGGUUCAGGUGUGAGAGAAGAGUCAGGGAAGAAGAUCAAGCUGAAGACAAGUCACAACAGUGUGUGUUUGAGGCUCGAGAGCGGCUGGAAACACGGACGAUUUUCCUAAGAAGUGAGGGAGAAAGAGAGAGAGGAAUGAGGGGAGGAAGGAGAGACGCCAUUUAGUGCUACCUGCUCUGUGCCAGGGAAGAGGGCAAAACAGGACACAAGGUGUGAACUUUACGGCUGUUGCUGUUGCCAUGGCGAGGCCCGGGCGCCCUGCGUCUGAGAGCUACCAGCCAGUCUGUUGUUCAGUCAGUCAGUCGGCCUCUUACUCCAGUGAAGCUAGGGCUGUGGGGCCGGAGGAUGGGGAUGAUCAUGCGCCUAUUUUCUCCCUAUCUAAGAGCUCCAUGGAUGUGGUCAUGGCGACAGGGCCGCCGCACAAGCGGGACCCAGCCUGGACCAAAUUGGACCUGAGACGCAGCUCCAGCACCAACACACACGCUGAGCAGAACUCAGUGUCGCUGCAGCAGCUGCACCCUCGCAUGUGGCAGCACAUCAACUCCACCAGCAGCAACCAGUUGUCACUCACAGCCCAACACGUAGACGUGCACAGCCCUCCUGCCCUCGGCGAGCGCUGGAUCACCAACAUGCAUCGCUGGAGCGAGUGUAGCGGCAGCACACACAGCCGUAGCAGCACUCCAGAUACAGUUGUAUGGAAAGGUGGGACCUCACGCCCCUCGAGUCUAACCCAAGAAACCCUGUGUUCUCCCCUGUCCAAACCAACCUCUCCACCGUCCACGCUCUCUCCCUGCAUCCCCCCCCUGCAGGCACCAACUUUACCACAUGAAGAUCUUUUAACUUCUUCUUCUUCUUCAACACUGAGCACACAUCAGCAGGAAGACUCACUUGCUUCCUUACCCACACCCACACCCUCUCCACUGCAAUCACCUCUGCAGGCUCGCACCUCCUCACCGUUGCCAUCCAACUCCUCCGAUCUCCUCCAGCCCACCAGCACGGAGGAUGAGGGCGUCCUGGAGAACAACUCGCUUUCUUUUACAUUCCCAUCCCCGCUCCCAUUGUCUGUUAGCUUAGCAGAAGAAGGUGUGUCAUCAGAUCCUGGCUGCCUUGUCAAUGACGUGAAAGAAGAGCUGCACAAUCCUGGAGGCCAACAAUUAUCAGAGGGUGGAGGAGUGAGAAGCCCAGUGCAAAUGUUAAGCUACCUGGCGCCUAAUUCUCCAGCAGAUGGACAGGAAAGUGGAACCUCCGUUUGCCAUCUUGAGUUGCCAUGGCAGCCGGGGCAAAGCUGUCCGACAGGCAGGGGUUGGAGGUCACCCCUGGUUUCUUCCUUGAGCGAUUCGCUUUUGGGCUGCAAGUGCCACUUGAAAACCAGAGAGGGCCACACAAAGGCUCAGGUGUUCAGGGAGGAAGGUACAAUGACCUCACAGCUGGAGCUGGUAGACGCAGCGGUGCAGACGAUCUCUCCCAUCGGCUCCUUGUGGGGCCUCAGGACGAACAACUCCAACAUGGACUCCCAUUCCCUCUUGGGCUCGCCGCCUGGAUCAAGGCUGGACCUGAAGUCCUCAGUGGGGUCCAACUCCAAUCUGGUGUCCCCGUCCUCCAGCAUGUUCCCAGUGAGCAGCGGAGAGGAGGAAGUGGAGGAGGAGGAGGAGGUGGAGGAGGAAGGAGAAGAAGGAGGCAAAAAGGAGGAAACGAUAGAAGCUGCUCGUAGAAUAAGCAGAGCAGAGGGAGCUAAUUCAAAAGAAGAGGAUGAGGUGUACGGAGAGGAAGGCACCAGCCAUCCUAAGUCACCCUUGCAUGGGAGUGGACACAGCCGCAAGAAGAGUGUGAUCAGGUCACUGAGGAGGCCUGGGUGGUGUGGAGGCUCCAGAAAGGCAGACGACUGAUCCUGGAGACUACAUGGGCUAUUGAUUAUCCGUAGCUCAAUUUGCACAAAAGCACCACUAAUAAACUCAUUGACUUUAGGAGUAUUUUCUCACUUUCAUGUGGUUUUAUCCUGCUGUUUCUUUUCGUCAUUUGGUCAAAUGUGGAGAUGCAAUGUUAGAAAAUGUGUUCCUUCCACUGGAUCGCUUAAUUUCCUCUGAAGGGACAUGCUCCAUACAGGCUUCCCUAACUUGUUGGUUGUGAGAGCUAUCUAUCUUUUUAUUUACAGUUAAUAUUCUCCUAACAAGAAAAAGGGCAGUAACUGAUUAAUGUUAAAGAUGCAAUGACAUAAUCUAUCAUUUCUAUCAAGACUAUAUAUACAUAUUUACUUUAUUUAUUUUUUACGUCAUUUUAAACAGCGACAACACACCUACAUUCUUGCAGUUUAAUGGUGGGUAGAUGCAUUUGUGAAGUCUUCAUAAAAGUCAAGGGUUACCUAUAAAUCAUUAAAUCAACUACCAGGUAAUGCAUUUGUUCAUGUAAAUGUUCAAUAAAACCAAAUUUGGUCUUUGUA